AGUGCUGUCGCUGCGGGUCGGCGCUGGUGGAGGAGCGCGCUCGGCGCGGGCGGUCUUUCCUGCAGGACCACGGGGGAGCAGGUGUGGGUCGCUGCCUUCUCCGGUAAAGCAAGCGGGACCCGUGCAAACUAAGUACGGUAGCACGUGUCUUCUCCUCGUCGUUGUUGUCUCUGGCUCAGCGCUGGGGGGGCUGGAGCCCCGGGGAGAGCCGCCUGCCUGCCUGCCCGCUCGCCCGCCCGCCCGCCUCCGGCUUCAGAGGAUUUGCUGCGGAGUAAAACCCGGGAUGGCUAAAAGCUAGCAAGGCACAUUCGGGACCAUGAUGGCUCAGUUUAACACAGCCAUGAAUGGAGGGCCAAACAUGUGGGCUAUCACGUCUGAAGAGCGGGCGAAGCAUGACAAGCAGUUUGAUGGCCUUAAACCCACAGGAGGAUACAUUACAGGUGAACAAGCACGCACCUUUUUCUUACAGUCAGGUCUACCAGCUUCUGUCCUGGCUGAAAUAUGGGCUCUGUCAGAUCUGAACAAGGAUGGGAAGAUGGAUCAACAGGAAUUCUCCAUAGCCAUGAAACUAAUCAAACUAAAAUUACAAGGACAGCACCUCCCAAUGGUCCUCCCUCCUAUCAUGAAACAGCCUCCAGUAGUAUUCUCUCCGUUAAUUUCUGCUCGCUUUGGAAUGGGUAGUAUGCCAAACUUGUCCAUCCCAACAUCUGUGCCUACAGUUGCACCUUUAGCUCCCAUGUCAUCCCUGGCCUCAGUGACUUCAGUUCCUCCUUUGGUUAUCUCUGCUCCCCUGGUGCCUUCUGUCAGUACAUCAUCCUUGCCAAAUGGUACAUCUGGUCUCCUUCAGCCUUUAUCUCUGCCUUUCUCUUCAACAUUGCCUCAUACUGGCUCCUUAAGUCCCAUGACAGGAGGGUUUGGUGGUACUAACAUUCAAAAGGCACAGUCUCUGAUCGAUUUAGGAUCUAGCAGUUCAAAUUCUUCCUCUACUACUUCACUAACUGGGAAUUCACCCAAGACUGGAUCCUCAGACUGGGCUGUUCCUCAGGCCUCCAGAUUAAAAUACAGACAAAAAUUUAACAGUCUUGAUAAGGGCAUGAGUGGAUAUCUAUCAGGUUUCCAAGCAAAAAAUGCCCUUCUUCAGUCUAAUCUUUCCCAGACUCAGCUGGCUACAAUUUGGACACUUGCUGAUAUUGAUGGUGAUGGACAGCUGAAGGCCGAUGAAUUUGUGUUAGCCAUGCAUCUUACUGAUAUGGCCAGAGCUGGAAAACCUCUGCCACUGACACUUCCCCCUGAAUUGGUACCUCCUUCUUUCAGAGGUGGAAAGUAUGCUGAAAAUAUUAAUGGAGCACUGCAAUCUUACCAGCAACCACAAGAAGAAGAGCCCCAGAAAAAACAGCCAGUUACAUUUGAGGACAAGAGGAAAGCAAACUAUGAGAGAGGAAACAUGGAACUGGAAAAACGCCGUCAGGUCCUGCUGGAACAGCAGCAGAGAGAGGCAGAGCGUAAGGCCCAGAAAGAAAGAGAAGAGCAGGAACGAAGAGAGAGGGAACGGCAAGAACAGGAGCGAAAAAAGCAGCUUGAACUGGAAAGGCAGUUGGAGAAACAACGAGAGCUGGAAAGACAGAGGGAGGAAGAGAGGAGGAAAGAAAUAGAAAGGCGGGAGGCAGCAAAACAGGAACUUGAGCGCCAGCGGCGACUAGAAUGGGAGAGAAUUCGGCGCCAAGAUCUUCUUAAUCAACGAAAUCGGGAACAAGAAGAAAUUGUCAAGUUAACUGCUAGGAAGAAGAGCCUUAAUCUUGAAUUAGAAGCCCUGACUGACAAGCAUCAGCAGAUCUCAGGCAGACUGCAGGAUGUUCAAAGCAGAAAACAAAUUCGGAAAAGUGAGCUGGAAGCUCUAGAUAAGAAAUAUGACUUGGGAAUUAUGGAAAUCAAACAGCUGCAACAACAACUUCAGGAAUAUCAGAAUAAGCUAAUCCAUUUAGUUCCUGAAAAACAGUUGUUAAAUGAGAGAAUUAAAAAUGUGCAGCUGGACAACUCUAAUAGUCCAGGAAUCAGUUCUGUAUACAAGAAAUCCUUAGAAAAGGAAGAAUUGUGCCAAAGACUUCGGGAACAGCUAGAUGCCCUAGAAAAGGAAACUGCUUCCAAACUCUCAGAAAUGGAUACAUUUAACAGUCACCUUAAGUGUGAGAAUAUGGAUGAUUCUGUUCUUCAGUGCCUUUUGUCUCUGCUAAGCUGUCUCAACAACCUCUUCCUCUUACUUAAGGAACUAAGAGAAAGCUACAACACACAGCAGUUAGCUCUUGAGCAGCUCCACAAAAUAAAACAAGAUAAAAUAAGAGAGGUAGAAAGAAAAAGAGCUGAGCUGGCACAGAAAAAGCGACUGGAGGAUGAGGCUGCAAGGAAAGCAAAACAGGAGAAGGAGAACCAAUGGCAGGAAAAUAUCCGAAAGGAAGAGGAAGACAAAAAAAAGCGACUACAUGAAGAGCGAAUACAGGAAAAAAUUCAAGAAGAAAGGCUAAAAGCAGAAGAGGCAGCUGCUCAGAUGAGAGAGAAAGAGUCCCAACAGCAAAAACAUGAGGAGGAAGAGAGGAAAAAGCAAGCUGAAAUUCUGAGAGAAACAGAGCAACAAAGGCAGAGACAACUAGAAGAUGACCGAAAAAAGCAAGAACAGAUUGCAAGACAAGCUGAGGAGCGGCGUAAACAGCAUGAAGAAGUAAAGAAAAGAAAAGACACGACCAAUAUGCAAGAGUCAGAGAAACAAGCUUCUAAAUUAAACUUAAAUGAGAAAUUGGCAGGUUUAUUGAAACAAACGGAUGGUCGGAAUCUUAAGCCACCAGGGAAAAGUGAAGGGAAUGCUGUUAGUACCUCAGAAUCUAGGAAUUCAGUUGCCUUGGUAAAUUACAGAGCUUUAUACCCAUUUGAAGCAAGGAAUCACGAUGAGAUGAGCUUUAAUUCAGGAGAUGUAAUUCAGGUUGAUGAAAAAACCACAGGAGAGCCUGGUUGGCUUUAUGGGAGCAUUCAAGGACGUUUUGGCUGGUUUCCUUGCAACUAUGUAGAAAAAAUACUAGAAGGGGAAAAAGCUUUAUCUCCUAAGAAGGCCUUACUUCCUCCUACAGUAUCUUUAUCUACUACCUCAGCUCCUGCAGAACCACUUUCACCCAAUAAAUCAGCAGAGGAAUCUGAUUACCAAAACGUAUCUUUUUCAAGCCUAAAUGUUAACACAACCUGGCAGAAGAAAUCCGCUUUUACUCGUACUGUAUCCCCAGGAUCUGUUUCACCCAUUCAUGGACAGGGACAAGCUGUAGAGAACUUAAAAGCACAGGCACUUUGCUCUUGGACUGCAAAAAAAGAAAACCACUUGAACUUUUCCAAAAAUGAUAUCAUCACUGUGUUGGAACAGCAAGAAAACUGGUGGUUUGGAGAGGUGCAUGGAGGAAGGGGCUGGUUUCCUAAAUCCUAUGUCAAGCUCUUACCUGGAAAUGAAAGCAAACGAGAGGAACCAGAAGCAGUUUAUGCAUCUGUAAAAAAGAAACAUAACACGCCAUCUUAUACACCUGGAGAGGAGUAUGUAGCACUGUAUUCUUAUUCAAGCUCCGAACUUGGUGAUUUGACUUUCACUGAAGGUGAUGAAAUAUUAGUGACGCAGAAAGAUGGGGAAUGGUGGACAGGAAGCAUUGAUGACAGAACUGGAAUCUUUCCCUCAAACUAUGUCAGACCAAAGGAUCAAGAUGGUUCUGGUGCUGCUGGAAAAACUGGGACCGUAAACAGGAAACCUGAGAUUGCUCAGGUUACUACAGCCUACACUGCGUCUGGGACAGAACAGCUUAGUCUGGCUCCAGGACAGCUGAUACUUAUUUUGAAGAAAAAUGCUAGUGGAUGGUGGCAAGGAGAGCUGCAGGCAAGAGGAAAAAAGCGACAGAAGGGGUGGUUUCCUGCCAGCCAUGUGAAAUUACUGGGUCCAAGCAGUGAGAAAACCACUCCUGCUGCUGCCUCAGUGUGUCAAGUAAUAGCAAUGUACGAUUACUUGGCAAAUAAUGAAGAUGAGCUCAGUUUCUCCAAGGGGCAGUUUAUUAAUGUACUGAGCAAAGAUGAUGCUGAUUGGUGGCAAGGGGAACUCAAUGGCAUGACAGGUCUCUUUCCUUCCAACUACGUGAAGAUGACCACGGACUCGGACCCGAGUCAGCAGUGGUGUGCUGAUCUCCAAAGCCUUGACACUAUGCAGCCAAUGGAAAGGAAAAGACAGGGCUACAUCCAUGAGUUCAUCCAGACAGAAGAGCGAUACAUGGAUGAUCUUCAGCUGGUCUUAGAGGUUUUCCAGAAACCCAUGGCUGAAUCAGGCUGUCUCACGGAAGGAGAAAUGGGACUGAUCUUUGUUAACUGGAAGGAGCUCAUCAUGUCGAAUACAAAGCUAUUGAAAGCCCUGCGUGUGCGUAAGAAGACAGGAGGAGAAAAAAUGCCUGUGCAGAUGAUUGGGGACAUCCUACCAGCUGAACUCUCUCACAUGCAAGCCUACAUUAGGUUCUGUAGCUGUCAGCUCAGUGGAGCAACAUUGCUGCAACAGAGGACAGAUGAAGAUACGGAGUUCAAAGACUUUUUAAAGAAACUAGCCUCGGACCCUCGCUGUAAAGGGAUGCCACUGUCCAGCUUCCUUCUGAAACCCAUGCAGAGAAUAACCCGCUACCCCCUGCUCAUCAAGAGUAUUCUGGAGAACACCCCCGAAAACCAUCCCGAUCACAGCAACCUGAAACUGGCCCUGGAGCGUGCUGAGGAGCUGUGCUCUCAAGUGAAUGAAGGGGUGCGUGAGAAAGAGAACUCCGACAGACUGGAGUGGAUACAGUCGCACGUGCAAUGUGAAGGACUUGCUGAGCAACCGAUUUUCAACUCCCUCACAAACUGCCUGGGCCCACGAAAGCUCCUGCACAGCGGCAAGCUCUACAAGGCAAAGAGCAGCAAGGAGCUGUAUGGCUUCCUCUUCAACGACUUCCUCCUUCUAACCUACAUGGUCAAGCAGUUUGUUUCCUCGGGGUCAGAUAAACUCUUCAGCCCCAAAUCCAACUCUCAGUUCAAAAUGUACAAGAUGCCUGUUUUCCUUAACGAAGUCCUUGUGAAAUUGCCAACUGACCCUUCCAGUGAUGAACCUGUUUUCCACAUAUCCCACAUCGACAGAGUAUACACACUAAAAACAGACAACAUUAAUGAGAGGACCGCCUGGGUCCAGAAAAUCAAAGCUGCAUCGGAGCAUUACAUUGAGACGGAGAAAAAGAAGCGGGAGAAGGCGUAUCAAGCCCGCUCCCAGAAGACCUCUGGAAUAGGACGCUUGAUGGUGCACGUGAUUGAAGCAACAGAACUAAAAGCCUGUAAACCCAACGGGAAGAGCAAUCCAUAUUGUGAGAUCAGCAUGGGGUCUCAAAGCUAUACCACUCGGACGCUGCAGGACACUUUGAACCCCAAAUGGAACUUUAACUGCCAGUUCUUCAUUAAGGACCUGUACCAGGACGUCCUGUGCAUCACCAUGUUUGACAGGGAUCAGUUCUCACCUGACGAUUUUUUGGGUCGCACUGAAAUUCCAGUGGCAAAAAUCAGAACAGAACAGGAGAGCAAGGGACCUUCAACGAAACACUUGCUGCUGCACGAGGUCCCAACUGGGGAAGUCUGGGUCCGCUUUGACCUGCAGCUCUUUGACCAGAAGACACUCCUUUAAGGAAACAUGUUUCAUCAGAGAAAGGACAAGUGAAGCCGACAGCUCGGCGGUCAGUCUGAGUGCAUUUUACAAACCAUUGUUCAUCCCAGGCUGGCUACUGACCAAGAGUUCUUGCUGCAUCGUCAUUCCUCCUUGUUUCCUCUUGUUGAGGAUUUCUUUGCUGCAUUCUAAGUUGCUGGAGAUCUAUGCAAACACAGGUGUUACUGUACAGAAGAUAUUUUAGCCAGUGCCUUUUUAUUGACUAAUAUUGAAAUCUGUGCUGUUAUACAGAUGCCAAUGUUUCCAUUUUCAGGGCCAUAUGGAGUAUUAAGUAGGCAUUUGGCAUCACAGCAUAUGUCUAGCAUGUCACCACUUAGUCUAACAUAAAGACUGAGGAAUGUUUUAGUGGAAAGCUAGAAUCAUUCCAUCUGAAAAGUGAUAUCCACUGGAAUCUGCCCGUCUCAGGAUGUUAGUUUUAGAGCUUGAAUGAUGAAGCCUUAGCACUUAAGGAGCCUCAAAACUACUGUAUAUAAGAAGAAAUCAAGUGCAGUUCUUUACUUGACUCAGUUCUGCACUGAAUAGGAAACUGCAACUUGAUUUUUUCUUCCUGGUCAGUUUUGUUAAUUGUUCUCUGCUGAGACAAUGCGGUUAAAAGAGGAAACUAGAGAAAAAAGAUUUAUUUUAAAUACUGUGACCUGCAGUAAUGCAGACAAAAUAUUUUUCAAGUUUUAGCUUUCCUAAGUAUAAAUUAUUUGUGUAAAUGGCCUCAGUUCUGCAGGUCUCAGUAGGCUGCACCUGUAAGCUUUGUCAUUGCCAAUGUGUAAAAUAUUAAUGUAAAGAGAGUAAAAUAUUAAUGUAAUUUGUCUACAGAUGUUUACUGAUACAUAUUGAUUUUUAAAGUCUAUUUUAUUGUACAGGUGAAUGUGAAAUAAUGGGGAGUAAAAUUACAGGGACUAAAUUCAAAGUGAGUCUAUUAAGCUGUUAGUUGUGUCUGCUCUGGGAACUGCUUGUGCAGUGGGAUCAGGUAGAAAGGAAACCUCUUGCAAGCAAAAUCUUCAUCCUGGCACCAUCAUCAGGAAAAGUAGAUGGGGUUUAUUUCUGACGUAUUUGAUAAAUCUGAACCAUCUUACUGCUACCGUCAUUUGUCUUGCUGACAUGAAGCCCUGUGCGCAGUUCCAAAUGAGAAGCGCACUGGUCUCCAUCCCAUGGGUGCUGCGAUACCUAAUGACAUCCAAAAGAAUAUCAAGCCUGUUGUGCUUCCUUGACAGGGUUUGAGUCAGUCCCUUGGUUACUUUUGACAGCUUUCUGUGGUUCGGUAUUUCUGAUCCUGAAUAAACAAAGGUGAAUCUUAGUGCUGUGGAAAGGCAGUGUCUAUUCAACUGACUGAAAACACAUUUCACACAUCUUAAGAUGGCAGCACUUUGUGAGAGAUGAGCAAGUGUGCGAUUGCCUAACCUCUCUCCUUCUGACCUUGGUACAUCCCAAACACACAUGGUGCAGGAUCCCAAUCACUAUUUUAAAGUAUAGACUGUGUUUAACUUCUGGGCUACUAGGAGAAGUUGAUAGUGCAGGGGCUGUUAGCAUUGGUCUUCCAGAACUACGUUCUCCACACCUCAGUGCUUUCAGCUGUCAAGGUGUUAAAUCGGUCCCUAAGCUCAAAUCCCUCUCUGCUUGUGCACUUCAUACAUCUCAAACGAAUUUUCAUACAUCUUGAAGUUGCCAUGAUGAUAUGAACUUAACUUUCUGCUGCAUCAAACAGAAGUCUGUUUUCACCUAGGAUGUUUUAAUAGAGAAGUAAAUAUUGGACCAAACAUUGCUAGAGAAUAAGUGCCUGAAGAAGCUAUGCCUCCCACAGCAGAUUCAUCUUCCCUACUUCUAGGUCACUGCACAAGCAGCUGUGCGGAGUGGGAUUCUUGUUCUGCCUCAAGGCUGUAUAGAGUCCAGCCCAGAGGCCUGCAUGUUUUCACUUCACUUCUUGAUCCCUGCAGUAACUCAUGCCUGGCUCCAUGACUAUGGAUUGUCUCGAGUUUGACAUUCAGACUGGCAGAGUGCUUUUCCUGCCCUCCUCCCUUUCUGAGUAAGGAGGUUGCCCCAGGUAUUAGUGAAGAUCAGGUACAAAACAGG